AUGACUAUAUUUCUCGCUGAAUGGAACGAUAUAUUUUCUCUCAUCGCUGCCUCAUUUACGGGCCUGCAGACCGUCUCGAUUACGAUUCAGCUGGUGAACUUCCCUCAUAUCUGGGGUAGUUCUUUUUGGGAUGCGGGCUUACUAGAACUGGACCGCAUUAAUCUCAAAUCGGCCCAGUUUGUCAUCGUAGAUGAAAACCUAAGCCGACAGUUCACGUACACAGCCGGGAAGGAGUUUUCCCCUCUCAUUUCGGCCAUAACUACGACUUGCCUUUUCCAGGAGCAAACUCAACACACGACGGACUCUAUUAAAAAUGAGCCUCGAACGAUUGUUAUACAAGAACCCGAUGUGUCAUUUCAUCGCUGUCGCGAUCGCUUACGUGAAAUCCAUUCUUACGAUCCAAAAAAUGAGGCAGAUACCAUACUCUUCUUCCGGUUUGCACGUAAUCCCUGCCCUCUGUACGUCCGGAACCUUUUCCAUCUGGUUCCUCAACGUGCCCGAUCAGACGCGAACAUCCGCCAUGAAGACCGCCUGCAGCGCGAUUAUGCCCCUUAUAAGUAUGUGCACCAAGGCGGUAUAGACGACACCGAAAAUGUUAAUCGGGUCUUUGGCUAUCAGUUUUAUGGCCCAAAUCGUCCAGAUGGGGAUGAUAUUGAUAGAAAUAUCCUCAAUAUUCUCUCUGCACGUCAGCGCCUGUCAGUGAAACUGAGCACCGGUGAUGCCAACUUCGUUAAGCCACCGGCACACCUGACCAAUGCCAGGCCAAUACGGCAACAACAGAGCUCAGACCAGCUGAACCUUAUGGAUUCAUCCGUGGGCCUAGUCGAUUCCUCCCCACCUGGACAGUCUUAUGUAGCAUACCGACCGUGGGCUGGCAUAGUGAAAAUGGCCGCGGCACUCACCAAGAUCAAACAGCAUCUUCGGCCUUCGGGCACUGGUAACGAUGAUGGCAACACUAUCCAUGAGUUCCCGCUCGAAGAGCAGAAAACCGCAGAUGGCGAUCUUAAGAAGCCCACCCCAGAGCCGGAAGCAGCUGGCGUUGCGAAAAUCCAGGCAGCCCAAGCAGUUUGGGGUCGUACGGGCAAGUCCUUCUUGUAUCUCGGACUGGCAAUGAUUAUGAUUAUUUUCGAGCUCGACAACAUCACUGUGGACACAUACAAAACUUAUGCAGCUUCUACCUUCAACGAGCUGUCCAAAGUAGCCACUAUAACUACAACCGUUAGUAUCAUUCUCGCUGUUGUGAAACCUUUUGUAGCCAAGCUUUCCGAUGUCAUCGGUAGAGGAGAAGCCUACAUCUUCACUGUCUCCUGCUAUGUACUUGGUUACAUUCUCUGCGCCUCCUCAAGCACGUUCAAUACGUAUGCUGGCGGCCAGGUUUUUUAUGCCAUUGGCCAGGGUGGCAUGUCUGUUCUAGAUGCCAUAAUGGUAUCAGAUUUGUCGAGCAUGCGUUGGAGAGGAUUCUCAUACAAUAUUAUCUACCUCCCCUUCUUGAUUGCCCCGUGGAUCUCGGCGUACAUCGUCAAUAGCGUUGUCAACGGAAUUGGCUGGAGAUGGGGAAUUGGCAUGUUUGCCAUACUCAUGCCCUUUUCUGCCAGCGUUCUCAUCAUCACUUUAUUCGUCUUCCAACAUCGUGCAAAGAAAGCCGGUAUUGUCUUGGCCGAAAAUUUCACAGUUUAUCAAUUUUUCUCUCGGAUCGAUUUCGGCGGCGUUUUGCUUCUUGGUGGCGGGUUUGCUAUGCUGCUACUCCCGAUAACUCUAGCUGCGACUACCACAAGUAAAUGGAAGACACCGUGGGUGGACGCUCUGGUGGCAUUAGGUAUUGUCGCACUCGCUGCUUUAUAUCCCUACGAGAGAUAUGUUGCCAAACAUCCCGUUGUACCGAUCAAUUACUUCAAAAAUAUGUCAAUCGUUACUGGCGUCUUACUUGCUAUUCUUGACAACAUCGGGUUUGGCAUCACCCACACCUAUCUAUACCCGUGGUCACUCGUCGCGCACAAUUUUUCAGCUCGCACUGGCAUAUUCCUCGGAUAUACCAACGGUGUCAUGCAGGCGCUCACUGGAAUUAUUGUUGGGCUGGUUAUGUACAAGACACGAUCCUACAAAUGGCUCUGUGUCGCUGGCGCCGCGAUUCGUCUUUUAGGGUACGGCGUCAUGAUUCGUCUGCGGACGAAUGGCAGUUCAAUCGCGGAGCUUUUCAUUGUUCAGCUAGUACAAGGUCUCGGAAGUGGUGUUAUCGAAACCGCCAUCGUGGUCGCUGCUCAGAUUGUUGUCCCCCAUGCAGAACUAGCACAGGUCACAGCGCUGAUCUCGCUCGCCGCGUACUUGGGUUCGGCAAUCGGAUCUGCUGUUGCAGGUGGUAUCUAUACAGACACCUUGCGAGGCCGCUUAGAGUAUUCGGAUGUGAUGGGUUACCUGACGAUCGCGGCCCUUGCACUUUCUGCUCCGGUGUUAUUAAUCUCAUUUUUCAUGCCAAACAACAGACUAAGUGAUGAUCGUAAUCUUGUUGAGGCUGCCCAGUGGUCAGGUGAUGGAAAGUCGCAGGCUCAAAACGAUGGUAGAAAUGAAUGA